AUGUUUUCUUCUCUGCAGCAUGGAUCUUCAUUUAUUCGACCACAGAUACAAGUUGUUGCAGAACCUUCUCCAGAACCUCCUCUGCGUCGGCCAAGUGGCCUGCCUAACCAAAAGCGACGUGCUCCUGCCAAACUGAACGAUGCAGCCCCCCCCCCACGUCUUCGUCGUAUCCAGCCAUUGCCGUCGGCACCCACUUCUCAAGCUGCUCCAGUCUCUGAUCCCGUCCACGUCCCCAAACCUGAACCUCAGAAAUGGAUCCGGACUGAGCCAAACCGAUUUGGACUUUAUAAAGUCUAUCCUCAACGGCCCACCCAUGACCCGGACGAGCUUAUAACGACCAACGACCUCUAUCGUGCGCCGCAAGCCACACAACUCGAUCCCGAGGAUCUACCCUUGCCUCGAGAGCCGUGGUAUUAUCCCUUCCCAAACGCGUCGGUCGCACAUUUGAUGAAAUACCACAUUGAAGAAGAAAAUGCUGGUUCUAUAGGCGCAUUUGACCGAUUAAUUUCCAACAUACUUACUUCAACCCAACGAGGAAGCGGAGUCUGA